CAACUGUUAAUAUUUAAGGUAUAUGUGACAACCGAGCGAUAAGAGUAAGCUUAAAUAGAAAUUGAACACUUAGUUAAUUGAAUAAUACAUAUAAAAUUUGUUUACUUUUUCCAUGUGAGUUUUAAAGAGGUAUAAAAUAUAUAUAAAUAAAUCCAAAUAAACAUUUGUAUAUAUCUUAUAUAUAUUCUUCGUUUGUUGAUUUUGAACUAAAGACAAGGCGCCCUUUAAAGCUAUCCUUUCUGUCAUUUUGCUUUCUGAGGAGUGUUGUUAGUGUCACAAUACAAGAAUUGAAGAGACAAAACAAAGAAAGGGAAAGGAAAACAUGGAUUAGAAGAAGAAGAAGAAGAAAAGAAAGAGAGAAAAAGUGAUUGAGCAAUAAUGGAAUUUCUGGGGCCUAGGAUUGGCUGAUUUCACUUUGUUUCAUCUUCUCACGUUUAAGACAUUGGAUUUUCAUAUUCAGGAUUGAGAUUUAAGAUGGAUUUUUCAGAUUCUACCAGAGUAGUAUUUUCUAGAAUUCGAGAAUUGGAGCCAGAACAUGUGACCAAGAUUAUUGGGUAUCUUCUGCUUCAAGACAAUGGGGAUCGUGAGAUGAUCCGGCUGGCUUUUGGCCCGGAUAACUUGAUACAGUCUUUGGUCAACAAAGCGAAAACAGAGCUGGGAUUGUCGAAGCCAUCGCCUAGUUCGCCUUCUCAGGCUAAUCAACAACCUGUUCUGGACCAUUCUUUGCACUUCAGUUCCUACACUCCUGCUUCAGCAAGGGUUGCUUUCCCUCCACCAACUCUCAUAACUCAGAGUCCUUAUUGGGAUCACCAACUGUCUGCGGAGCAUAAAUUAUUUCGUAAUGCUGAGCUGCAGCCACUGUAUCCUGACUCUGUGGCUGCUGAAGAUUUUCAUCUUCAAAACCAACUGCAGUUUUUAAGAUUGGAUGAUCCACUGGAAUCUGCUAGCUCUGUUAGUGCAGACCAAGUUAGCAGUUACUACUACACUGAGCCUACAUUGGGUUUGAGGCAGAGUCGAAGGUCUCCAAGCUUGCCUGAACUUCCUGUUAAGACUUGUCAUUAUUUCAACAAGGGGUUUUGUAAGCAUGGAAGCAACUGUAAGUACUAUCAUGGCCAACACUCGCCAGAUAGCUUUCUUCAUCAUCAUGUAUUCUCUGACUAUACCAAUGAUGACCAUGCUAUCUCUCCUGGCUCUCUUGAGAAGCUGGAGAUGGAGAUAACCGAGCUUCUGAGAUCGAGGCGGGGGUGCCCCGUAUCUAUUGCCUCUUUGCCAAUGAUGUAUUAUGAGAAAUAUGGGAGGUCACUUCAGGCUGAAGGAUACCUUACAGAAAGCCAAAGGCAUGGUAAGACAGGUUACAGUCUUACAAAACUCCUAGCUCGGUUGAAGAACAGUAUUCGACUCCUUGAUAGGCCUCAUGGUCAGCAUUCAGUCAUAUUGGCAGAAGAUGCUCCUAGAUAUCUAGAGCAUGGUGGUGACAAAAAUGAAUCUGGUGGAAUUGUUUCUGGUUCUCGACAGAUUUAUCUUACUUUUCCUGCUGAGAGUACCUUCACAGAGCAAGAUGUCUCUAAUUAUUUCUGCAAAUAUGGACCUGUUCAGGAUGUAAGGAUUCCAUGCCAACAGAAGAGAAUGUUUGGAUUUGUUACCUUUGUUUACCAGGAGACAGUCAAGGAAAUUCUAGGAAAGGGCAAUCCUCAUUUUGUCUGCGGUGCUCGUGUUUUGGUAAAACCUUACAGAGAGAAGUCAAGGCUUGUUGAUAGGAAAGAGAAAAUGUUAUGCUGCAAUAACUUUGUAGAUAGAGAGUCCGAUCUUCCAUUGUUGCCAAGGGUAUAUGAUGAUUCAAGCAUCUUUAGGAAACACUCAAUCUCAAUGGACAAUGAGCAAGCAUUCGAAGUUGAUAGGUGCUUCUCGGAGAUGAAUUAUGCAGCUAAGACCUUGUCUAACCAUUCUUUUUAUAGCUACCCAAUGGAUGAGUUGAAAAUUACAGAAGCCGGUGGUGGUGCAGAACAAGCUGAAUUUCCAUCUCUUGAUGGUUUUAGUUACUUUUUUGAUGCUUUAAACAACCCUACCAACAUUGAGGAAAAUAGACUUCAUAUUCGUACUAAUUAUAGUGAUCAUCAAGAUAGCCAGGGAGUAAAUCUUCCAGAGAGUCCAUUUGCACAGGCAAUAGGAAGCAGCAUAUCAACGGUUACUUAGAUACUCAAGACAGCCAUCAUGUUGUUAUGACUAAUUCAAGGGAUUAAUACAACAAGAGUUUCGUGUUUUAUUUUAUUUCCUUUUUCUUUUUAUUUUAGUUCUCACCUCAACAAUAUUACUACAAUUACUUAGGAGGUUAUACUGAGAGAAACACUAGAAGGAGAAGGAGAAACUUCAGUUGAUUACAAAUAAUUGGUAUAGAAAGUUGAUAUGUGACAAGGAAUGAUUCUAAAGAUCUAUCCAAAACUUGAAUUCUAAUAAAAUAGCAAUACAUAGUUUUAUUUCUA